AUGCACUUUGGACACGCCAAUUCGCUGCGACAAGCGAAGGCCAUGAGCGACUACUUGAUUGUGGGUGUGCACACAGACGAGGACAUUAUGAAAAAUAAAGGACCUACUGUGGCUACACAGGAGGAAAGAUACAAAAUGGUACGUGCGUGCAAAUGGGUUGAUGAGGUGUACGAGGGUGCGCCGUACGUCACGCAGCUGGCUAUGAUGGACAAGGAGAACAUCGACUUCGUAGUCCACGGAAACGACAUCACCUGUGAUGCGGACGGGAACGAUUGCUAUCAGGAAAUCAAGGACGCUGGUAGAUACAGAGAAUGCCAAAGGACUCAGGGGGUCAGUACAACGGAUCUAGUAGGGCGCAUGCUGCUUUUGACAAAGACUCACUUCGAUCGACCGCAAGACGGUGAAGCCCCCUCCCAUAUCGAGGAUAUGUAUAAACAUGCCCAGGGUGCGGUUAAAGGGAGUCCCUACACAGGUGUCACCCAAUUCUUGCAGACAUCACAGAAGAUCGUUCAAUUUUCAUCGGGAACGGAGCCAAAGCCCGGAGACAAGGUGGUGUACGUGUCAGGAACGUUCGAUCUAUUCCAUGCCGGACACUGUGACUUUCUGGAAGCAGCCAAAGCCAAGGGCGACUAUCUGAUUGUGGGGCUGUACACCGAUCUGGAGGUGAACGCCUGGAAGGGCUCCAACUGGCCCAUAAUGAACCUGCACGAGAGGACACUAUCGGUCCUAGCUAAUCGCCACGUGGACAAUGUAGUUAUCGGCGCGCCAAUGGAGUUGACGCCUGAACUGCUGGAGCACUUCCACGUGGACGUGGUGGUGCACGGGGAACGACCUGUGGCUAAGAAAGACCAGGGCGUGGAUAUAUUCAAAGUAGCCAGGGAGAAAGGUACAGUGGAGACUGUGCAGAGUGGCAGCGAGUUGCACGCAGAAAUGGUGGUCGAGCGGAUACUGAAAAACAAGCAGAUGUACGAGGAAAGGAACCAGAAGAAGAUUGACAAGGAACUGCGUAUUAUGAAGGCCGUCGAAGCUGGUACAAUCAAGAUGAAGUAGGC